AUGUAUAUUUGGUCAAUUAUUACUAAACAACGCUCCGAUUGUGGCAAUAAUGAUCAAUUAAGUAACAGCUGCCUGAGAGACUGUACGUACGUGACUGCUCUAACAUUUUUUACAGGAUUUGCAAUGUAUUUAAACAACUUUGACCCAAUUAACGCUGUGUUUGAUAAUGAAAUAAUUCUGGACAAGAUUUUGAACAAUGUAUCGAAAUAUGUUUUUCCCUUGAUACCGUUAAGGCUGAUAAAGAAAAGUUUCAACGAAGCAGUUCUGCAUAAAAUCCGGAAAGAUCAUCGUGAAGUCGUCCUUCAUACUGCAUACCAUUGUGAUGUAGCAGAUGAAUACACAGAAUACAUGGGAACUGAUUAUGAGUGCCGUUACUGUUACAUAUAUUUAAACUAUCAGAAGGUAACCAGUAACAAGAUGUCUUCAUUUUUUAGAUUUCUAAAAGAUACUGUAGCAGUUAAAAUUGUGAAGCUAAUUCUUGAACCAGCUCGUGGGUUUCCAUUUAGCCAUUUCUGUUUAAAUAACGAUCUGCUGUUUCACAAUAUUAUUAUGAACGAUUUAAUAGGGAAUAACUAUAAAUCGAUAUUACAUUUCGAAGGAAUGAUUGAUAUAUGUUUACACGGAUGCUUUGAUUGCAUGAGAAUAAUGUUAAACUGUGAAGUAUACGGCCCAGCACAAAUUAAUGUUAUUCGUAGAAAAGAACCAAAACACUUUAAAGAACUGGAGUUACCGGAAGUGAUGGCUGACUUGCCGGAUGAUCCUCCAAAUAUGGAAUUCAAAGUAGGAAUAGAGAAUUGGGAAAUGGAAAGCAUCAAGAAAACAAAAAUUUCAUGCGACAAACUUAUUUUAAGGUUGUCACACAGUGCUGUUCCAAAUCCAAGAAUUUGGUACUAUAAAUAUAUAACAAGAGAAGUUAUUGAUAUCAUUAUUUCAAACUGGAAAGUGAAGACUGUAAAAUUAAUAAUCACAAUUAAUAAUAUGGAAGAGUUUAUUACAAUUCCUGAACAAUUUCAUUUAUUCACUAAAGAACGACUUGGUGAUCCAAUCUCAACUCAUCCAAUUUCUAAAAAUUCAUUGGAGAAAGUGGAACUAGAUCUACGCUUUGGUGUUAAUACUUUGGUUAAAAUGUUUCAUAGAAGUGCUGAAAUAUUACCAACGGAUAAUAUCAUUGAAAAUGUCCGAAGAAUUUUUCCAACCAAGAACAUGAUUAUAACUCUUCCAAAUAGUUUCUCACCACUUCCAGUCGAGCAUCAUUGCCGUUUUGUUAUGAUGUUUUUGAGAAUGGGAUUUCCGAAGGGACAAAGAAAUUUCAAUGUCACAUGGAGAUUGUUUAUUCACGAACCGAUUUAUGGAACAUCACCAGGAUUUAAAUAUAGAAAUAUGGUGAUUCCAGCAUUCAACUACAAGCCAAAGCCGUGGGAAUACGAGUCAUCACUUCAGAAUAAUCAUUUAUAUUUUGAGAAAACUGUCAAGUUGCAAGAUGAACAGGAAUUUUCUUUUUUCAAAGAGGUCAAAAUCUGGAAAGGAAACAAAUUCUGUGUCAGAAAUGCAUAUACAAAUUGUAAUGUAGAUAUAGAUUUGUAUUUCGAGUCCAACUUGUUGAAGAAAGUACUAAAUACACUCAAUAAAAUUGAAAGCCAAUCAAUUAAUUAAAUGCUUCCGUUGUUAACCUUUUUAAUUGCUGCAUGUUUUUAAAUAUUUUAUUGCUUUCAAUUUUUU